AUGCACACUGGCGAGAAGCCUUUCAGCUGUACUGACUGUGGCAAGAGCUUCACACAGCAUUCAGACCUCAAUAACCACCACCAAUCCCACACCAUUGAGAAGCCCUUCAGCUGUGCUGACUGCGGCCAGAGCUUCAGAAAACACUCCAACCUCGUUGCCCACUGCCGAUCCCACACCGGUGAGAGACCUUUCAGCUGUGCUGACUGCAGCAAGAGUUUCACUCAGAAGUCUGCACUCACCAGGCACUGCAGUGUUCACACCACCGAGAAGUCCUUCAGCUGCAGGGACUGCGGCAAGAGCUUCAAACACAGCUACUAUCUCACUAUCCACCACCGCAUCCACACCAGAGAGAAGCUGUUCCCUUGUGCAGAGUGUGGCAAGACCUUUACCACGAGCUCCAAAUUCAUCCAGCACAGACUCCUCCACAGUGGUGAGAAACCCUACAGCUGCGCCCACUGUGGCAAGAGCUUCAGUCAGAGCUAUAGCCUCACCCAGCAUCACCGCACCCACACUGGUGAGAAGCCCUACAGCUGUGCUGACUGUAACAAAAGUUUCACUACGAAGUCCAACCUCACCAAGCACCGUUAUGUCCACAGUGGUGAGAAGCCCACACUGCAGGGAGGGCACAAGUAG